GAAAAGUAAGAAAAAAAUCUUCAUUUCUUUUGAAUCUCUCGAGUCGAUGAGUUUGUUUAUAUUUCUUCACAUUUGAUUUACUCUCGACUUCGACUGAUGGCAAUUUAUUAAUUUCUUUCUCUUAUUAGAUUUCUAAUUAUGAUCAAAUUUCGAUCAUCUUAACAACCAAUUCAACAAACUUAAAUUCUGAUAAUCAGUUGAUUAUUUGAAAAAUCAAAUCGAUACAACAAAACAAUAAAAACAACAGAAUGAAAAUUUUUACUUCCAAAGUCCAAUGGAUUAUUUAUAAUCAGUUAAUUACCAUCACACUAAUUGUUUCAAUUUCUCCAAUUGUGACCAGUCAGCUAAUCAAUGACAGAGUGAUUAAAGAUGUAGCUCAACGUGUAAAGAAAUUACUAGAUGGUAAUCUUGACGAAAAGGGAGUUCUCAAUGUGAACAAAUGGUUCAAUGACAAUCUAGAAGAUCCAAUUUACAUUUCGACAAUUAAUAUCUCCGAAUCGGGAACUUUGACCUCAUAUAAGGGGACAUUUCGUAAAAUGGAAUUGACCGGAUUAAAAUCAUUCUUUAUUGAGACAAUUGAAUUAAAUGUUGGCUCUCUUGAUUUCAAUGUGACCGCUCGAAUACCCAAUCUACUGUUAACUGGACAGUACAAAUUAAAGGGUAAAAUUGCCGUUCUUCCGGUUUCCGGUAAUGGCUCAUUUUAUAUGAACUUUACCGAUGUAUUGGUGACCUGUGUCACCGGUUUUACCAUUGAAAGUGGUACAAUUAAAGCGUCAACGGUUAAAUUGGACACAAUUCCAGGGGAAAUUGAUUUACAGUUCGAGGGUCUUUACGGCGGUGGUGCGGCCUCAGCGUUUUCCAACACGAUACUUAACGUCCUAAGUCACAGUUUAUUUGAUGGAAUCAAAUCAAAUACCUUACCCUCAAUGGAGAGACAAAUGAAGGAGAAAAUUAAUUCCAAAAUAAAGAUAAUCAAUAUCAGCCGAUUAUCACCUACAUCCGAUUCUCUGGUCGAUGGUUGGAUCAGUAGAGUUCAAACAAUGAUUAAAGAUAAAGAUUACGAUCCUUAUCCAUUGGUCAAUGAGACUAAAUCAUUUUCGAUUAAUCUACUUGGAUCUAAGAUUAGUGGUCAAUUGGCUAAUGGGACAAUUUAUGGUUUAUCAACUUUAGUCCGAACUGGACCAAUUAAAGUGAUCUAUGUUAAUGAUACUCUUUUACUUGAAAUCACCAUGGGAUUAACUGGAUUAACGGCAACCUUUGACUGGUCUCUAUCCAUUGGGUCAUUGGAACAUCGAUCUGGUUCAUUAACAUUCAAUGUAACUAAUUUAUCGACAUUCACCCGAUUAGUUCAACCGCUGGUUAAAGGUUCUUCUUUGGAAUUGAACGAUUUUUCGAUAGUCGAGUUUGGACAUAUCUGGUUAGAUGUUGAUGGACUGGGAACAUCUGAUUAUAUCCUCGAGAUUAUCAGUAAUUUAGCUCUGAAUAGUUUCAAGAAAUCUUUAGGUGAUAUUCUUGCCCCUCCGAUUAAAACUUCAAUGAAAUCAACUUUAUCUCAACAAUCAAUUACUUUCCUCAGCUGAUCAACCAUUGGUAAUCAAGGUAAAGAAAACUAAUGCUACUGGUUUUGAAUUUCAUGUUUCAUUCAUGUGAAUGUUUCAGAGAUUCAUGAAUUCAAUAAAUCAUUUUUAUAGAAAUGAUUCUGUAAUUCUCGUACGUCUAAUUAAUAAAUCUGAGUUUAAUUUUUU